UCAGUAGUUUUAAUGAUGUUUUUGAUUGCAGUAUUUAUCGGGGAAGGAGGCAAAGAGUGCAUAUUUGACAAAUGGGAGGCGAUCCAGCAUUGUGGCAAUGUGACUUUCAGCAAAUACCUGCCGGCCGACAUGAAGGAACUGCCAGACGUCACUGAGAGUCUGCCUGUAUUCAAGCUGGAGAAGGAUGAGUGUCUUAAAAUCAACGAAUUCCAGCUGUGCGUUGUUACCGAAUUGGCCAAGUGCAAGGAGCCGACCCCGGCCAACAUAGUGGACAGUUGAUGAACUUUGUGCGCCUGCGCACACCCUGUCGCGAGUACAAGCCUCCCUCGCAAACGGGGGCUGCAUCCUCAGUCUUCACUCCCCUUAUGCUGGUGGUCAUCGCUGCCUCCACACUGCUCUUCAAUGCUAUCUCAUAGGAUCACGGAUGAAGGACGCAGGAUGCAGACCAAAGAUGGAUUUGAGUUACUCGAUUUGUGAGACGC